AUGGGAAAGCUAGAAGACGUUGAAGCAGAAAAGAAGGUUUGGGAGAGUGACGACGCUUGGGAGCUUCGGAGAGCGUUCAUGUUGGCACACUAUGACGACUAUCCAAAAAUUCAAUUACAAUGUCUCUCUCAGCUAUUCAUCAAUGUGAAACUGCUUGGCUGCGAGUAUUCCGAAUCUCUAAUGCAAAAAAUUCAAACCAUGGGCGCUGGAAUUGCCGCAUCAAAAGAUCGUACAAAGUCUGGAAACUACGUAAAAGCAUCUGUAGCGAAGAAGAGACAAGCAGUGAAGCCUUCCGAUUUGGAAGGAGCAUCGGAGGAAGCCAAAUGCCCGAAAAUUGAAAAGUCUCCCGAACCGGCUAACAGUGAAGCAUUCAAUGAAAGACUCGAACAGUUGAAAUCUUCAUUGGCCCAGGUAACUUAUGGUGAAAAAUGGAGUCGAAUAAUAAAACGUCACUCUCCAAUUGAAUUCUACCCUUUAAAACGUUCUACGAGGCUCGUACCAGAGAUGUCCGGAUUCUGGAUUCCCUAUUCCGAAUUCCGUCCUUUUUUUUCAUUCCGGAUUCCAGAUUUCGGAUUCCCAAAAAUUAGUUUCAUUCCGUAUUCGGGAUUCCUAAUUCCGGGAAAUUUUUAUUUGUCCGGAUUCCGGAUUCCGAGAAAAUUGUUUUAUUCCGUUUCUCAAAAAAGUCAUUCCGGACAUCUCUGGCUCGAACAUACUCCACAUCAUUUAACUGGCGAGCAAAUGAUAAAAGCGGCGACGAACGCCUGUAUGAUGAAGUGGUACGUCAAGAAGGUCAAUCAGAAAGUCGAAAUUCACAUUGAUCGCUUUGUGGCAUUCAGGCAUACAUUCUCUCAAUAUUGUGUAGAUGUGAACGAUUGUGCAAUCAACGCACUGAUCGAAAGUAUUCUGUCAUGUAAUAUGGCCGUGAACGACGAUGGAGAUGAAAUUCGGUUCAACGGAGUGCCGGCAGAUGAAUGCUACGCGAAAUCUGUCGAACGACGGCUUCUGAAAAUCAAAUCUGGAAUUGCAGGCGGUGCACAUAAUCUUAAAGGUCUCUCCACUCAGCUAGAAUCAGUGAAUAUGUCAUUGAUUCAAAACGCUAAAAAACUGGAAGGAUGGUCGCAGCAAUUAGAUCUCGUCACAGCUGACCUUCUUAUUGGAUCUCGUAUUCUUUCGAGCACGGAGUGUACAAAACCAGCAAUGGCCUCGAUUGCUGACGAAAUGAGUUCGCAAGUGUGUCAACUCAUUUUGGAAGGCACCAUCAACGUUGUCAAUUCGAUUAAAUCUCACAGCUCUCUCGAAUUUCAAGUUUGA